AACUUCCUGCAAUGUGACAACUUCUUCUCUUCACUUCCUCGUCACUCUGAAGAAAGAAGAAAGGUUGAACAUUUAGGCUUUUUUUUUCUUUUUGAAAGAUCCAUUAUGAUUCUCUCCAAGUUUGAAACAGCGCCCGUCAUUUCCACAAUCAGAUUGGAGAAGCCCAACAAUGCCGAAUAAAAUGAUUAGUCCAUGAUGAAGUUCAAACGUUUAGGCCCAUAGGACCGAAGUCCUUGCAGUUACAGUAAUACGGCGCCGUUGCCCUCUUCACCCCCCCUGGUUAUGACGGGCAGAGGGGGGGUGGGUGUAAGAAAGAAAGCCAUAGUCAAGAAAUGGAGCAAUUAGAGAAAGAGAGCAUAAGAGAAGCAUCAAAAGAGGUAUCAGGAGAAUUCAAAACCCUAAUCGAUCACCAAGAUUUGGAUUCUCUCAAGCAAUUGCAGCACCUCAUAUUGGGAAGGUUGCAAGAUAGCAAUGCAGUGUUGACCCAUUUUAAUGAGUAUUCAGAGCAGUGUUUUGGAGAGGUUGCUAAUGAUUUUUCAAGAAAUACACGUGUUUUGAAGUCUAUGAAAUCUGAUCUUGAUUACAUUUUCCUCAAGCUUAGGAGCAUGAAGGCUAAAAUUCUAGCUACAUAUCCAGAUGCAUUUCCAGAUGAAUCCACACAAGUACUUGAUGGAAGACCUGACCUUGAAAAGCCUCAGUAGUGUUCACUGUUUUGACAUGCAUCUGGUCAUGGACGCAGCGGCUAGUAGGCAAAAGAGCAGUUCUAAUGGAAAACCAUUCCUAACUAUCAUUUUAUAGAACAGCUUUGAAAGUUGCAAUAUAUAUAUAUAUUUAUCCUGUUUGGAAAGCUAGGAACCUGGAAAUUUACCAAUGUUGGAAUUAAGGGGCUUAUCCUAUUGCUUAGGAGAGUUGCAACUGUCAUUAGAAUAUCUAUUUCUAGAUGGCUUCCUGAGGUAUUUCUGAAUGUGAUCAAACAUGAAUGUAAAGUUUCAUUGCAAUGGAAAAAAUUGGGCUGUCACUUGA